AUGCGCUACCUGACUUGCAACGCGGAGACCGCAAUAGCCACAUGCCAUCCUCACUCCCUCAAGAAGACCAAAAAGCCCAAAAGCCCAACACAGGCCCACACCGUCCAACACUUUGCCUACUCCGACAUCCUCGCCGCUACCAACCACUUCUCCGCCGACACCUUCCUAGGCAAAGGCAGCCACGGCAGCGUCUACAAAGCCACCCUCCAUGGUGGCGCACUCAUCGCCGCCGUCAAAAAAACCAAACCCUCCAAGGAGAUCGAAAUCCUCUCCCAUGUCAAAAGCCCGCGCUUGGUCAACCUUAUUGGCUUCUGCAACGACCGAACCAACAACAAUAACAAACUCAUUGUUGUCGAGUACAUGCCCAACGGUUCGCUCCACGACCUUCUUCACUCCACCAAAAUUCGCCCCCCCGGUUGGACCGAGCGGGUCCGGUUCGCGGUUCACCUGGCGAAAGGGAUUCGGUUUUUGCACUCGUUCGAACCGCCCGUCAUUCACCGGGACAUUAAAUCGUCCAAUGUAUUAAUCGACGAGAAGUGGAACGCGCGACUCGGUGACUUCGGACUCGCGUUUAGAGGACACGCGGCGGAUUCUUGCGUGGCGCCUGCGGGGACGUUAGGAUACCUCGACCCGUGCUAUCUUGCGCCGGGGGACUUGAGUCCCAAGAGCGAUGUCUUCAGUUUUGGAAUCUUGCUGCUGGAGAUUGCGAGUGGAAGGCACGCGAUUGACGUGAGGCACAGUCCUCCGUCCGUGUUGGAUUGGGCGGUGCCGUUGAUCCGGCGCGGCGACUUUCGGGAGAUUUACGACCAGCGGAUCGGGGCGCCGCCGGACAUGGCGGCGUUCCGUCGAUUGGUGGUGCUAGCAGCGAGUUGCUUGAGGUCCACGGCGGAGAGACGGCCUACGAUGGCGGAGGUGGUGGAGUGUCUGACGAUGGUGAGGAAGAAUUUUGAUGCGCCGGUGAUGUGGAGGAGAAUGAAGCGCCGCGUGGUGAAGGCGCGUGAGGAUUUGUUCCCUGAUUGGGACAGGAGUGAGGAAUCUGUGAGAGUGGUUAAGGCUGGGAGCAGAAGCUGCAGAAGGAAUGGGAAGGUAUCCAGUGUGUCGGGUGUAGCGUAUGAGAGUCGACCCGCGAAUCACACGGUUAGGUCUAGAUCCGUUGGUCCUGGUUUUUUCAGGGAAAUGAAAAUUAAUUCGGGUUUGGAAUGGUACCCAAGCCAAAUUGGGUCCGGGUAUAGGAAAGUAUCGAGACUAAAGAGAUCGAGGUCUAUGGGUUUUUUGGGACAUUACGGUGGAGAGUGGAAGACUUGUCAUGAGAGAUAUAAGGAUACUCAUGAUAAUAACUAUGAUACAGUGAAUUCGAUGGAGAUGGAACUUGCAAAGUUGGGCAUUGUGGAUAAGAAAAUGGAACAAAAAAUGCAAGAAAAAGCGUUGGUCUGUUGA